UCUCACUGGUGACGUGCCCCUCACGUGAGCCGAAGCCUACGUGUGCAGACCUCCUCCUAAUUCUGGUCUACCUUAGUGUUUGCUCUCUCUGUUAUUGUUGAGAGCAGGCAGGCCUGCUGCGGAAGGAAGAGGAGAAGGGUGCAGCACCUUUUGGAACAAAGAAAUAAUCAACAUCGAAUUUCUGCAUGUCAAUUUAAAGCUGAGACUGUCUGCGACCUGCAUAUAAGUGGAAAAAAUGGCCGACCACCGCAAGAAGGAGUGUCGGGAUGUAGCUGUAUAGCAUCGGGGCGUUGUCAGCUGAGUCCAGAGAACUGGGGGCAGGGUGCCUGUAUCUGUGGCUCUCGCUCCAGACUAAACCAAGAAGCAGGGAAGGGAGGAAAACUUCCCAGAAUCAAGUAGGUCCAAGGAAGAAGUGUGAUGACACUGUUUGGAGGUCGCUGGGGUAGACGAUAAUGGUGACUAUGAACUCGAGUGGACAGACUCACAGACUUUCUCUGCACCCCUUCUCCUGGUACUGUGUUGGCGGUGGGGAGGACAUUAUUUUGAAAUACUGUAUGGUGCAGUCUUUGUUGCUUUUAGUCUAAUAGGAACCCGAUUUGUUGUCUUUAGGUAUGGAGAAGUCAGGGGCUUAGACAAGGAGGUGGGAGGGAGGAAAGAAAUUUCUCAGAGCAGUGGAAAUUGAUGUAAUUAUUCAAUAGAUCGUUGAGGCUGUCUUUAAGGUAGUCCGGUGGGCAGAAGUCAGUGAAGAUGCACUUAAAAGUCUGAUUUCUAGGUACUGAUGUCUAUUUCUUUACAAGGAAGGGUGUGUAGUGUCACCUUUGGAUGAAGUGACAGACAGGGUAGUGGGGGGCAGGAAGACAAGAUGAGAGAGGGGACUGAUCAUCCAAGGAGGAAGGUAUAUAGAAGAUCUGCAAGAGGCUGGAAAGGAGGAAGAAACUUCUUGGAUCUCUGAGGGUAUAUGUGAGGGUGUCUCUGUGACCCUGACUCAAGACAUCUGCUGCAAGGGUAUCACUGUAUCUGCUGUUGUAGCUGCUCCUAACCUGCAGAAUCUGAAGACUUUACCUCUGACCUGAGAACAAGUCAGCUCUGUGUCCAGCUUAAGAGAUUCACCCCAGCUGUACGAUGGGUCGCACCCGGGAAGCUGGAUGUGUGGCUGCAGGCAUGGUCAUUGGGGCUGGUGCCUGCUACUGUGUAUACAGACUGACCUGGGGAAAAGAUGAGAAUGAGAAGUUGUGGGAUGAGGAAGAGGAGGAAGAGGAGGAAGAGGAGGAAAAGUCUUGUAGUGACAAAACUGAGAAAGAACUUAAGACUAAUGUUGGGGUAGGGGCGAGAGGCAAACCUCAAGAUGACUCAAAGUCCAAGGUUGAGGUGAAUGUGGGACCUGAGAAUGGUCCAGGUGUAAAGAAAGAAGUGCACCCAGAAUCCCAGAGUGGGGGUGGACUAGAGGCUAAGGCCAAGGCCCUUUUCAAGACUCUAAAGGAACAGGCACGUGCAAAGGCAGGCAGAGGCAUAAGGCUUCCUAACAUCUCUAGGAAUAGGACCCUGACAUCAAGUUUGCCUUGCCCAGGAGGCAGGGGUGGAGGCUGCCACCCGGGAAGGACUGGUUCUAGGGCUAGGAACAGGACAAGUGGGAAAGUCAAGAGAAAGAACCGAAGCAAGAGCAACAAGGCUCCAGCCACAGCAUGGCCUGUACGCAAGGGCAAGUUCAGCUUUCCCUAUAAAAUUGAUGAUAUUCUGAGCGCCCCUGAUCUUCAAAAGGUCCUGAACAUCCUGGAGAGAACAAAUGACCCUUUUACUCAGGAAGUAGCACUGGUCACACUGGGUAACAAUGCAGCAUAUUCAUUUAAUCAAAACGCCAUCCGUGAGCUGGGUGGAGUCCCCAUUAUUGCAAAGCUGAUAAAAACAAGAGACCCCAUUAUUAGGGAAAAGACUUACAAUGCUCUUAAUAACUUGAGCGUUAAUUCUGAGAAUCAGGGCAAGAUUAAGACUUAUAUCAGUCAAGUGUGUGACGAUACCAUGGUUUGCCGCUUGGACUCAGCCGUCCAGAUGGCUGGAUUAAGACUCCUUACCAACAUGACUGUAACUAAUCACUACCAACAUUUGCUUUCCUAUUCUUUCCCAGAUUUCUUUGCUUUGUUAUUCCUGGGAAACCACUUCACCAAGAUACAGACUAUGAAACUGAUUAUAAAUUUUACUGAAAACCCAGCCAUGACAAGAGAGCUGGUCAGUUGUAAAGUACCUUCGGAAUUGAUUUCUCUGUUUAAUAAAGAAUGGGAUAGAGAGAUUCUUCUUAACAUUCUUACCCUCUUUGAAAAUAUAAACGAUAACAUAAAAAGUGAAGGGCUUGCAUCCUCCAGGAAGGAAUUCAGCAGGAGCUCACUGUUUUUCUUAUUUAAAGAGUCUGGAGUAUGUGUGAAGAAAAUCAAAGCAUUAGCAAGCCAUAAGGAUCUGGUGGUCAAAGUGAAAGUUCUAAAAGUCUUAACAAAAUUAUAAUUUUAGAUCUGUUCUAAACAACACUGAUGUGAUGUUUCUUAAGUUUGCACGUGGGAACAAUGCAUUUUGUGAAUUCUUAGGUUUUCAUUGCGCUUGUGUAGCAAAGGGAUCCUUUGAGCUGCUAUUUAGGAAUAAUGAACAUCACAGAUUAUCAAUACCCAUUGAUGCUGGCUUUAGAUUGAGCCACUUUAAGUAUGCCAAAUAUAUAUUAGGGCUUGCACAAAGAAAACAUUUAUUAAACUUGCUAUCUAGGUUGAGAUAUUUUUAUUGUUUAACUAAACUGACAGUGAAGUAACUAUAUGUCAUAAAUAAGCUAUACUUUUGUAUUGAUUUAAAUUUGUUCAUCUAAGAGUUGUGCUUUAUCAAUAAAGUUAUGUUUAAGCAGAAGGAAAAAAAGCACUGUCUUUGUCCUUGGGUUCAGGAUCUGUUUGGAGACACCAUAUCUGGCAAUACUUAAAUUUAAAGUUUGUGUAUGUUUUUAAAAUCUAUAAGAGCCAUCGGGCAGUACUGGUGCAUGCCUCUAAUCUCAACACUUGGAAGCCAGAGGCAAGAGGAUCUUUAAGAGUUCAAAGCCAGCCUGGUUUUCAGAGCGAGUUCCAGGACAGCCAAAGUUAUACCGAGACACUGUCUCAAAAAACCAAACAAAUCUGGAAGAGUUUCUAGGCACCAGUGAAUGCUUCCUAUUAGUACUUAGAGGCAGCAGAAACUAUUGUAUACAAGGAUGCCUAGGGAAUCCUUUUUGGAGAAGGGAAACUUAAGGAGGCAGCGUUUGAAGAAUAAGAUAACAAAAGACCAGACGGUUAUUAAGGGUAGAUUGGUGAAAGAAAAGCCCAGAGGUGUGGAUACAGCAUCAGAGAGAAGGUUGAUGAGCCCGUGUCAGUUUAAAGAGGAGACCCUUAUAUAAUAAUUCAUAAAAGUCAGUGGGACUGACAGGUUACUAGGAAGGAUUCUUACAGACAAUUGCCUGAACUGUCACAGAUCACCAGAACUCCAAGCAUGUGCGCAUGUUGCAGAACCUUACAAUUUUAAUCAUCGAUGCCAUGAAUUUUUGUUGCAAGCCAUCAGUUAUGAUCUUCUUUCUUUUGUCUUUACACCUUUUCCUUUGCCUCAGACUCUUUGAAUAAGCCCAUGGUUUACUGUGCUACGUGGAUCUGAGUCGUAAGCCUCCCUGUAACUCUAAAACAAGAAUCAGUUUUUUUUGUUGUUGUUGUUGUUAA